AACCCGCCUUUAACCGUAAAGCGGGUUGCCGGUGUUUUUGCGACAGUUAAGACGUACGGCAGCGCUUUAGUCUCCAGCUCUUUUGUUUAUUUCUCUCGGUUUGAUUCUGUAAUCACAGAUAGUGGCAUUUAUUUAAAGCGAUAAGCACGUGUAUAGCAAAUUAUUACAGAGUCAAAUCGCUUAGUUUAGAUUUAGAGGGGAAAAAAGCAGGUGAAAACGGGUGAGAGAGCGUGCAUGAGGAACUGCAGUGUGUUUGUGUUUUACUAAAACUCUGCUUUAUACUGAUUUAUACACACACACACACAGCGCUGUAAUAAAGAGAAAACAGGCUGUAAACACAGUGAAACACUGCUGCACGGGUUUCUGAGUCGGUGAGAUAAAUAUAGGUGUUGGAGCUGAAGUGCUAUUGGAUCUGUGAGAUUCCUCCGGCUGGCACAGGAUGGGAGAGGCGGUGGCCAACGUUGCCAGGAGAAUCAACGCAACGAUGGAGGACGGAUUAGACACAUUAGAUUUGUCGGACUGUAAACUAAUCGGUUUCCCCGAUGGUGUCUUAAAAAUGAUUCGCAGCUAUGCAGAUAAAAUACACAAAAUCACACUGGCUAACAACAGCAUGAAGAAUUUAAGUGGCAAGUUUUUCACCAUGUUCACUGAACUAAGAGAGCUGGAUUUGCAGGGAAACACGCUGACUAAACUCCCAGAUGCCAUUGGAGAAAUGCAGCAUCUCAUCAGCAUCGAUUUAUCCAAUAAUAACUUCAGUGUUUUUCCCGAGCAACUGACAAAUGUAAACACACUGCAGAACAUCAACAUGUCAGGAAACCAAAUCUCAGACGUGCCGUGGGAGCGCGUGUGCGCGAUGUCGUCCCUGAACGUUGUGGAUUUGAGAUCUAAUCCGCUUACUUCAUCGCCACACACUUCUCAGAACUUUACUCUCCUCACAUAGACACAAACGUCAGUCAUCUGCAGUUCAUGCUGGAUCGGAGGAGGAAAUCGCUGGAGUAGAUCUCAAUCCUGGGAUACACCCUAAACCUUAUGCUACCAUGCUAAUUAGCAUGGCAAAAUAGUACAGAAACAGUACAAAAGGUUAUUAGAUUUACCACAGGUGGGGGAAUAUUCAUUAUGUUAUUGGAAGUAUUGUUAGUGUUUAUUGGGGUAGAAGGAUACAUGGUUUGGGAUGUUCUCAAGACUCAAGGGUGAAUAGGAAACUUGCUCAUGUUAAAAUUUAAAGAGAUUCUGGUUCUGGUCUGAUUCUGCUGUUUCUGCACUAAAUAAAUAUUCAUAUUUAUCAA